AUGACACAAGUAAUUAAAUGUAUUGUAAUUAUAGCAUUCAUUUCGUUUUUUUUUCUGAAAAAAGUUCAAUGUGAUAAUGACCCAUCGGUAAAUGUAGCUAAUCAUAAUGGCCUAAAUAAUAACAAUUCAAUUGCAUCGUCGAUCAAUGAUAAAGCGAAUGUUACUGCAAUUGGAAACAAUAAUAAUUAUAUGAGAAAAAACAUUACUCCUUCAAUAACAGUAGCACAAGUAUUACUUAUAGUUUUUUCUUCUAUAUCUUCGUCAAUGUUCAUAAUGGGAGCAAUUUUUUGUGGUAUUUAUUAUAUGCACAAACGAAGAAUAAUAUCUAGAAAAGUAUUGACAGGUCAAGAUACUGUCUAUUCUAAAAUAAAUGCAUCAUAA